AUGAGGGUUUCUACUACAGAGGAGGAACUGGACAACGAUGGUCGUUUGGGAGGAACUCUAGUCACGGCUGGAAAAACAGUUAUCGCCACCAGACGAUGCAGAAUUCUUGGUCAUGGAAGACUCUGGGGAAUACAAAGUUUUGGAACAGAGCAGGAGAAGACAAGCCCAAAACUCCACAGAUGCAAAAAGCAAGUUAUUUCCAGGGCUAUCGAGAUUUUGACUCUAGUCCAAAAGUGGACUUCAGAAUGGUGCAGGAGAAGUUUUGGCGACCGAAACUCUCCACAGAAGCAGCUAAGGCGGAGGUGGCGCUCGGGCCGAGCGGAGGUGGCGCUCAGGUCGGGCGGAGGUGUUGCAAAAGCGGAGCGGCGCUCGGGCUGGGCAGAGGUGGCGCAGCCCGGUGGAAGCGGCGCUGCUCAGGCGGUGGUGGCUUGCCGGCGGGGUGGGAGCGACGAUCGGAGCGCCGGGAGCGGCGCCGGAGAGACAGCCGGCGGGAGAGCACGGAGCCGGAGCCGGAGGAAAGUCGCCGGAGCCAGAGCGGGGCGGGAGCCGGAGGAAAUGCAGCGGCCGGCGGGGACUGGAGACGGAGCCGGCGGCGGCCGAAGAAACAGCGGCGGCGGCCGAAGAAACAGCAGCGGUGGCCGGAGGCCGAAGGCCGGACUGACAGGUGUAAAAGAUAGUGGAGGGGAUCUAUCAGGGUCAGAAUAUGAUUUCGAGUCAUCAGGCUCCCAGGAUGGAGAUGAUGAAUUGGGCCUUUCAGCCCUAGCUGAAACUCAUGAAAAGCGAUCCUUGGAGAUGACCCUAUCUCUUCAAUCAAAAGCCAGAGUGGGAGAGAAAAAGAAAAGAGGUGCAAAAUCUAACAAGGCUAAAUUGGAAAUGGCAGGAAAUGCUACAGGCCAAAGAAAAUUGAGAUCGGGAAGAGGCUAUGCCUUUUCCCAGGGGCAAUGA